AUGUAUCGAGUGCUAAGUGCAGUUUUAUUGUUUGGCAAUCUUGCAGAUGCUUGCCAAAAGGACUGGGAUGCGCUAGCACGCCGUUCGCUCCACCACCAAGAGCACAAUCGCCAUGCAAAACGUGCUGAAGUCGAGUAUCCACCAUCACUAAGCGAGAUAGAGACUAUUCUGGUAAACUCGUUCGAUAACAAGUCUAUCUCGGAGUGGAGUUAUUACUACACCCAUGGCGAUCAUCUAGGAAGCCACAAUAAGAGUAUGGCUGAGUGGACGGCCCAAAAGUGGAGAGAUGCUGGCUUCGAUUCCUGGCUCGAGGAGUUCCCAAUCUGGGUGACAUACCCUGAGCACAGUAGCUUGACCUUGAUAAGGCCGGACAACACAACCCAUGAAGCUAAUCUUGUAGAAGAGGUGCUUGCGGAGGAUGAUACGAGCUCAUACCCAAACCUCAUUCCCGCUUACCAUGGCAUGAGUGCUUCGGGCACUGUUACGGCAGAGUAUAUCUAUGUAGGGCGCGGUACGCGCGCGGACUUCCAGGUGCUAAAGGAUGCGGGUAUCGAGCUGAAAGGCAAGAUCGCGCUCGCAAACUAUGGCGGCAUCUAUCGUGGUACAAAGGUAAAAAAUGCCCAGGACAACGACAUGGCAGGCUGCGUUAUCUUCACGGAUCCUCUUGAUGACGGUGAAGUUACCGAAGCGAACGGCUACGAGGCGUAUCCUAAUGGGCCGGCGCGCAAUCCAUCAUCUAUACAGCGAGGCAGCGUCAGGUUCUCCUCACUCUAUUCUGGAGAUCCGACGACUGUUGGAUGGGCAUCUUCAUGGAACUCUUCGCGUGGAGACACGAAACCAUACAACCCAUCGAUUCCAUCGAUUCCGCUUUCGAUGAAAGAUGCUAUUCCAUUGCUUGCAGCUCUUGAAGGCAACGGUGUUUCCGCUGAGAAGGCUAAUCGCAGCGGCUGGCAAGGCGGUUUCGACAACGUAACCUAUGACUCAGGUCCAACUCCGGGCGCGAUGAUUUCCAUUGACCAUGAAAUGCAAGGCUACAUUGCGCCUGUCUGGGACGUUAUCGGUGUGAUCAAUGGUACGAGCCCGGACGAAGUGGUGGUCGUAGGCAAUCAUCGCGAUGCGUGGGUCAUUGGCGGAGCAGCAGACCCAAACUCUGGCAGUGCUAUCCUUGUUGAAUUGGCAAAUGCAUUCGGAAAGCUCCUUGCCAAGGGAUGGAAGCCAAGACGUACGAUCAUUCUAGGCUCCUGGGAUGCUGAGGAGUUUGGCCUCCAGGGCUCCACUGAGUGGGUCGAAACUCAUCUCCCGUGGCUCCAGACUACAACUGUCGCCUACCUAAACAUGGACGUGGGCGUCUCUGGUCCACGCACAAACUUUGACGGAACAGGUGAGAUACAGACCUUCGUCGUUGAGCAGAUGAAGAAGAUCUUGUACCCAGAGGGUUAUGGUGACUUCGCAACACUUUACGAUAUGUGGUUCAAUAGUACUGAAGGCACCAUCUCGCCGCUAGGAAGUGGUAGCGACUACGCGAGCUUCUAUCAAAACGGUAUCGCAGCUAUCGAUGUUGGCAGUAGCAACGGCAAAAAAGAUCCCGUAUAUCACUACCACUCCAACUACGACUCCUACCAUUGGAUGUCCACCUUUGGGGACCCCGGUUUCAAGAUCCAUACUGCCAUGGGCCAGUUCUUGAGCCUGAUAGUUUACCACAUUGCCGAUGAUCCGCUCAUCCCAUGGGACCUUCCCCAUGCUGCUACAGUGCUCUCGUCUUACUUGUCUGAGCUGAACGAGACCGUCACCACCUCGGACGUUGCCGAUUUAGACCUGGGCGCCCUCGCCGACGCUAUCGCAGAGUUCACCAAACGGGCGGAAACCAUCAGCAAGAUAGGCCAACAAGCACUCGCCUUCAAUGAUACGAACAUGUUGGGCGUGGUAAACAGCAAAUAUCGCGAUUUCCCGAGGGGUUUCGCGAGUGCAGGAGGUUUGCCAGGCCGACAAACAUUCAAGAACGUUAUUAGUGCACCUGGGAUUGACAACGGCUAUGGCGCUGACGUGUUUCCCGCUGUUACCGAUAACGUCAACGGAGGCAAUCGAACGGCUGCCGAGGAGUGGGUGGAGAAGAGUGCGAAGGCGGUGCUGAGAGCUGCAGAGAUCCUGAGGAUCGGAGACUGA